AUGACGAUACCACUACUACCGCGCCUCGGCGCACAAUGUGCCCUCAAGACCAUCGCUACAACCACACGCGCACCCCUCACAACAACAGCAACAAGAAGCUUCAGCAGCCUCCCACCCUACCCACCCACAAACCGCGACACACCCGCCCGACCCCCACGAGCCGCCAUGCCCAUGCCUUUCGUCACCGAGACCGUCGGCGGCGGCUGGCACACUUACGACAUCUUCUCGCGCCUGCUCAAAGAACGCAUUAUCUGUCUAAACGGCGAAGUCGACGAAACAAUCUCUGCCUCCAUCGUCGCGCAAUUACUCUUCCUCGAAGCCGACGCGCCGCAAAAGCCAAUCUCGCUAUACAUCAAUAGCCCUGGUGGCAUUGUGACGGCUGGAUUGGCUAUCUAUGAUACCAUGACGUAUAUCCGUAGUCCCGUUAGCACGAUAUGCAUGGGCCAGGCUGCCAGUAUGGGAAGUCUGUUGUUGUGUGGUGGUGCAGAGGGUCAAAGAUACACUCUACCGCACAGCAGGAUCAUGAUUCAUCAGGUCAGUGGUGGAUACCAGGGUCAAGCUUCCGACAUUGCCAUCCACGCAAAGGAGAUUUUGCGCGUGCGCGAGCAAUUAAAUGAAAUCUAUCUCAGACACUUGACGAAGAAACAUACCAUGGAGGAGAUUCAAAAGUACAUGGAGAGAGAUUACUUUAUGGGUGCCAAGGAGGCUCUCGAGUUUGGCAUUGUGGACAAGAUCCUGGAGAGGAGAGAGCAGGUUGGCGAGGCACGAUAA